UUAGUCGAAUUCCUAACUCGGACCGAGUAAGAGCUUUUUAAUAAUCACGUGACAAAUACGGAGAACUGCAAAUCAGCCGUAUCUUUAAAAUAGCUACGAAUUUGCGAAACAUUUAAAAAUGGAACGUGCACAGCCACGGGGAAAUUACAGGCAGACAAAUAAUUUGCGUAAACAGAAAAAUUCAAGUGCUCAUCUUCCUCAAUGGUCAAGUAAGCCUGAUAAAGUAUUUACACGGAUCGAACUGGAUACGAAAUUUUAUGAAGGGCAGGACGUGGAAGGCAUCCAUCUGAUGACAGAUUUCGACCAUGUACGAGAACUCCAAGUGCGUUUGGCUCGUUUUUCCAAAGGACCCGAUGACUUUUUCCCAGUAAAUUGGCCCGUCUCACUAUCGACGAAAUACAUCAAAAAGCUUACACCCAGCCAGUAUGUGGUGGCUCCUAAACCGAACGGACCGCGUUUCCUUCUUUACGUUGACUCUUCCGGAGAAAUGUUUUUAGAAAACAUGACCCAACACAUCUUCUGCGUAGAUGAAGAUCGUGCCGUCAAGAUGAAUUCAUUCGAUGGGCGACCUGUCAUUGACACUGUCCUCGAUGGAGUGUUUUGUAAAGAGAAACUUAAUCGCGAUGACAAAUGCACUGGUGGAGAGGAAAGUUCGGAGAAAUUGACCUUUGUAAUUCGGGAUGCCAUUCGAUGUAAUGGAGUGGAUCUAACUGGCAUGAACAUCGUUGAACGUACUGGUUUUGUCAAGAAAGAGAUCAUUGAACCACGACUGGAAGCUUUGAAAAACAUUAAAGGGUUUGACCAAAAUGAGGCGUUCACCCUAGAUAUAGUUGAAUACCUGGAAGCUUCUGAAGCCGAAAGUUAUUUGUCCGCCGAAUUCGAGGAGCGCUAUAUAUAUCCAAUUCGUUCGUUCAUCUUUUUCCCACGGACGAAGGGUUACGUCUGUAAAACCAACUUCGACAUCUUUCAAUGGGCGGAAAAUGACGACCAAAAAUGCAGUUUUCGUCUGAGGAUUAAAGAGCAGGAAGAAGCCGAGCUAUUUAUUUAUGGACGUGAUUGUGCAGAAGAAUUUUAUGAAAAAAUUUUGCUCACAGAUGAAAUUCGAAACCUAGACGGCUGCAUUAUAGAUUGUCGCUAUGUAGAUCAUCGUUGGGUGUUUGUCAAACAACGUUUCGACCGAAAAAUCCCCAAUGGACACAGGGCAUUAAAUGGAAAACUAAGUGCCCUAGAAAACCCAGUAUCGCGCGAAUUGCUCGUUUGGCACCUUGGCACUUUGGCAUUUUUCCUUGCAACUAUGGCAAAAUGAGGAGGAUUUGGUUGAAAUGGUCAUCGAGAGAAUGUUUAGUUAAUCAUUCAUAUAUCAACAAGAUGGAAUUCGAAGGGAAUCUGUUUCGAUUUGUAACCCAGAACAUGUAUGGCCCGUCUUUUAAGCAAACACAGAAAACGUUUUGAAAACUGCUUAUUCUUUUCCACAUCCCUGUACUAUCGUUAUUGGGGAAAAGCAUACAAUACAGCAUACAAGCAUAA